AUGGCUUUGAGAACUUUUGGAAAGUUCGUUCUUACACCCGUGGCCGGUUUUGGCCUGGGAAUAGCAACUUUCAUGGAUUCAUGGCCUGCCGCUAACGACGACGGUCUCAAAACUGUUACGUUAAAGAGAUCCGUGGAACAGCAACGGCAAGAUAUCUUGUCGCAACUGCAAAAGCAUGAUAUUUACCAAGAUCUGAUACGCAAGGAAAAUGUAGAGCAAUGGUCGCAGAGCGAAAAGAUUGUGCAACCACACCGCGAUUACCAUGUAGGGCAAGGACUCCUUUACGGACCCGGAAGACUCGAGAUUGACCCACUGGUAUUGCAUGACCCGGAAUCUCAAGAGUUGGUAGUGUUCUAUCACUUGGGCCAUAACCUAAGCAAUGAAAAAGGCAAAGUCCAUAAGGGUGUAGUUUCGCUUUUGCUCGACGAAGCGCUGUGUUAUUGCGGAUUCCCGACUUUACCAAGUAAAGCUGGCGUCACAGCAAAGUUGGACCUGAAAUUUCAUCAUGACGUACCUACAGACUGUACAGUGGUGUUGAAAGCCCAUGUAAAGGAAUCGAAGGGUCGAAAAUGUGUUAUUGAAGGCUCUUUACAAACGUUACCAUCUCGAAAAUGGUACAAGCCGUGGACUGCGGAAACUUCAACUGUUCUAGCCACAGCUACGUGCAUAUUGGUAGAACCCAAAUGGUUUAAGCACGUUAAGUGGAUGCGCCCGUCGUAG